AUGCGUUUCUUCCUUCCACUCCCCAUUGAUAACCUUCAUGCGGUAUUUUUGUCCUUUUUCGUCUCUAAUUCUCUAUUUCUUCUUUUUUUUUCUGUUUGCUUCCCUCGUUUCUAUUUUAUAUCUUUUUCUUUCUUUCUCACUUCAUCAUUCAUUUCCUUUUUUUCUAACUUACUCUUCCUUACUCUAUGUUCUAACUCUUCUUUAUCCCUAUCUUUUUUUUCCCUCUCUGUUUCUUGUUUAUACGUGUUCUUUCUUACUUGCCAUCUCUCUUCAUUUUUCCUUUCUCUGUCCAUCUCUCUCUAUCUCAUUCUUUCUCUUUCUCUCCUUUUAUACUUUUUCGUUUCUUUUUCUUUCAUGCGCCAUUUUUGUUUCAUUCUUUUUUAUUUUAUUUUCAUUUUCCAUAAGGUGCCUUUCUUUUCUUUCUAUGUCAUCUUUUUCUUUUUUUUACAUUCGUCUAUUUUCACUUAUUUUGUAAUUAUUUUUUUGUAUUCAUCAACUCUCUAUACUUUUUUAUUUUUCUUAUUCUACAUUAUUCACCUCCUUUUCUCUAUUCGAAUUUUUUGCAUUCUUUGUUCUGUCGCUCUUUUCCUGACUUUCUUUCUUUCUUUCUUUCUUUCUUUCAUUCUAUCUAUCUAUCUAUCUAUCUAUCUAUCUAUCUAUCUAUCUAUCUAUCUACAAUCUGUUCAUAUCUAUCUAUCUAUCUAUCUAUCUAUCUACAGUCUGUUCAUAUCUAUCUAUCUAUCUACAGUCUAUUCAUAUCUAUCUAUCUAUCUAUCUAUCUAUAGUCUGUUCAUAUCUAUCUAUCUAUCUAUCUAUCUAUCUACAGUCUAUUCAUAUCUAUCUAUCUAUCUAUCUAUCUAUCUAUCUAUAGUCUUCUGUUCAUAUCUAUCUAUCUAUCUAUCUAUCUAUCUAUCUAUCUAUCUAUCUAUCUAUAGUCUGUUCAUAUCUAUCUAUCUAUCUAUCUAUCUAUCUAUCUAUCUAUCUACAGUCUGUUCAUAUCUAUCUAUCUAUCUAUCUAUCUAUCUAUCUACAGUCUGUUCAUAUCUAUCUAUCUAUCUAUCUAUCUAUCUAUCUACAGUCUGUUCAUAUCUAUCUAUCUAUCUAUCUAUCUAUCUAUCUAUCUAUCUAUCUACAGUCUGUUCAUAUCUAUCUAUCUAUCUAUCUAUCUAUCUAUCUACAGUCUGUUCAUAUCUAUCUAUCUAUCUAUCUAUCUAUCUAUCUAUCUAUCUGUCUAUCUAUCUUUUGUUUUCAUUAGAUGUCUUUUCUUUUGCUUUCUCUUUUUUCUGUAAACAUUUUAUUUUCCCCCAUUGUCCGUGUCUUCUUUAUUUCAUGUCAUCUUCAGUGACAUUUUUAUUCUUUUUCUUGUUCUCCUUUAUUCUGUGUCUUUUAGUCCAUUCUUUCAGCCUUUCAUUUUUUUUUUUCUUUCUUUCAUUUAUAUCCUUUUCCAUUCAUGUAGCCUUCAUUUCUUUCUUCCUUCCUUCGUCCUUUCUUUCUUUCUUUCUUUCUUUCUUCCUUCUUUCCGUUUUAUUCCAUCUUUAUAUAAUAUUAUUAUAA